AAAUUACUUGUGCAGAUUAAACCUUAUAAAUGUUGUUGUGAUUUACUAUUUCAGAAACUAUACCAAUUAGGAGCAAGAUCAUUUUGGAUACAUAAUACUUACUUAUAUAUUAUCUGCUUGCCUUUUGCUGUUAUAUAUUAUCCUCCAAAGCCAGAAAAUAUGGACCAAAGUGGUUGUGUGAAGUCCCACAAUGAGGUCGCCAAGCAAUUUAACAGGCAGCUUCAAGAGAGGGUGACCCAACUGGGAGCGCAACUUCCAGAUGCAAUACUUACUUAUGUUGGCAUUUUCUCGGCUAAAUACACUUUAAUUUCUAAAGCAAAGAAGCUUGGUUUUGCUAAUCCACAUGGAUACUGUUGUGGGCAUCUUGGAGAUUACAACGUUGACUGUGGAAGGAAGGCAAUGGUGAAUGGGACUGAAAUCAUAGGGGCUUCAUGCAGCAAUCCUUCAGAGUACAUUAGUUGGGAUGGCGUACAUUAUUCUCAUGCUGCAAAUAAAUGGAUAGCCAACCAAAUUCUUAACGGCAACCUUUCCAACCCUCCGAUCCCGAUUACUGGAGCUUGUCACAAGCUUGGUCAUUCAUGAUCACAAGCCUUAAGCUCCAAUGGAUAUCUUGCAACCAUGCAAUGGAAAAGUUUAAGUUCUAUCAGAGAUGCGGUUAUGUUUCUGUUAAUAAUUCAUUUUCCUUCCCAUGAAAUAGAACUUCGAAUUUCAAUUUGUACAGACAUUUCACAAAUUUGCACAGAAAAGUUACAAAAGAAGCAGAUCAAUGUUGUAUGAGUGUUAUUAUCACUUGAAGUUGGGACUAGCAAAAAUUUUGUGUGGCU